CACGCUAUUAUUCAAUGAUGAUUGUCGUCUCCUUACCAUCACAUCACGUCUUUCACCCCCUUGACUGGGGGAAGUGGCCUCGUGGCGAGCUGUCUGACAUGUCCUCUCCUGCCAGUCUGGGUUAUAGUUAACUAAUUAUGAUGAAUAACUCCAAGUUAUACAUACCUGGGAGAAAUGCUGAAUACGGUCAGUGCUCAGCAGUAACCGAUGGAGGUGACGAUGAUGAUUCCUGGGUCCAGCUGCAAGAAUGCCGAAUGGGCCAAAAAGUGUCCCAGUCCGUUGUGACUCGUGAUGGGGUGGCUGACCGUGCAUCCUGUCAAUACGAAGGAGGAAUUGAGGAAGACCGUGCAGAAGACCAUGGAUCUCCAGUCCAGCCCAGCCUUUUUCCUGUGCGAUUCCGCCCACGAUCCCUGGCUGGCUCAUCGGCCAAUCCGAUCGCCGCUCCACUGAUCCAUCCACGGAUCCAAUCCCCGAUCCAUCCAUCUCUCAGGGACUGCAACAUCCACUCGCGCGAUCGGCCUUCCUUCACAGCCUCGCCUUUGCGCUACACUUUUUUUUUGCGACCGAGGACAUCGCAUACAGACUAUACCCGUACGGAUUGACUAUCCGUCUCAGAUACGCCCUCUUGUUAUCAUUUCACACUUUAUUAGCCGAUAGAUACCCCUUUUCGUCAAAAUGCAUGAGCAUGAAAUGUCCUACAUGGGCCCUCGGGGUAAGAUCCCUUCCUACCUUCAUAGCCACAAUCUUUAAUCAACUAACAACACCAUUACCGAAGCCUUCAGUCACGAUCAGAGCCAAGAUGCAGAGGCCGAAUACGACCGUCUCCGCAACCUAGCCCGACAAGAAGCUUCAAAG